AUGGUGAGCAAGGAGGGAGUCAAAUGCAUGCUCACCAACUCAGAGUCGGACUCGGAGGCGGCCGCGGUGCCCUCCACGUCCCUGGCUCUGGAGAAGUAUUCCCUGGAAGCUAGUCGACAGGUGCGCAAGAGGAACAAAGCUCUCCAAGUCCGAUUUAAGGACAUCUGUGAAGCGCAGAACGAGCAGAGGGAGGCCGCCCGGAAAGCUGGAAAACCCAUCUCCUACAAAGUGGCCUACCGGAAGUACAUGACGGUCCCGGCUCGGAGGUCCAUUCCCAACGUGACCAAGAGUACGGGAGUGCAGACGUCUCCGGACCUGAAGAAGAGGUACCAAACUUUUCCCUUUGAGAGGAAGAAGGGACAUAGUUUUAAACAUGUUGCUGACGUGGAAACGUACAGAGGACAGAAUAACGGGGUGAUGGUAGACGGGAAGCACUCUCAGACGGAUCAGGAUUUGGACGACGAUGAGGACGAGGAGGGAGCGUGUGGCGGGGGUGGGGUUCGGAGGACUCGGGCCCUGCUUCAUAACGAGUGUGCGGCUACAGUGGAACAACACAGAGCUGCGGAUGGGCUGUGCUCCGCCGACACCGAUUAUCUCCCGGACGCUCAGGACUACCAGCUCUGUAGCGCCCCCAUGAGCAGGACAGGAGUACAACAGGCCGACAAGAGGCAGCUGCUGCACCUGGAGGCGGGCUCGUCCCACACCCUGCCGGACAGGGGCUCCAGAGUGACGGGACCCAUCGCCUGGAACUCGCUGACGCAGGUGGAGUGUUUGGAAAGUCCUUCAGCGAGAAGGAAGAAGAAGGCCUUACAGCUGAACGGACUGCAGUGCCACUCGGGGCGGCUCUCUGCUCCUCCUCUGUCUGCUCCUCCUAUGUCUGCUCCUCCUAUGUCUGCUCCUCCUCUGUCUGCACCUCCUCUGUCUGCACCUCCCCUGUCCUCCCCUCCACCCGACUCCACACAGAACGCCUGUAAGCAAAUAGUGCCUCUGAACCAGGACGGGGAUGUCAAAGCACAGCUCCAGGCCAUGGAGAACCUCAUCAGCUCCAGCCAGGAGACCAUCAAGGUGCUGCUGGGCGUGAUCCAAGAGCUGGAGAAGGGGGAGGCCCACCGUGAAGGACUCUCGUAUCGGACCGGGCAGGACACAGCCAACUGUGACACAUGCAGGAACAGCGCGUGCAUUAUUUACAGUGUGGAGCUGGACUUCAAGCUGCAGGAGGACAAGCUCCAGCCGUUGAUGAAACGCCUGUGUCCCACUGAGGAGUCACACUUCCCUGCUCUGCCUUACCCCCAGGAGGCGCUCUACUCCUCCACUCCAAAACGCAAGUCCAAAGCCGAGGCCAAGAAGCACGCUCGCUGGAGACUCUGGUUCCUCUGA